GAGUUUCAUGGAGACCAGUGCAGCCAACACAACUUAUGUUGUUGUUGUCACUUGAGCAGAGGCAUAACCUCACGGUGUAGAGUUUAGAUUUGAAUGACAAGUCACAAGUCAUCGUGAUUUUUCUGUAUCCUCUGUUUGAUUUUCGACCCACCUAAUUAUUUCUGACGUGUUGGUAAAUUCAAAGAAAACGGCUGUGCCAGCAGGUUGCAGUGAGGAUGGCAGACUAUUUUGAAGAGAUGAAUUGCACACCCUUAGGGGAAGGUGAAACCCCCAACUUCCUGCUACACAUGGCAAGACUUCUUCAAGAUUUUGGAAUGUGGGAAGAAUUGGGGACGAACAAAAAGUUACCGCCACCUGCCUCAAAACAGGUAGUCAAAGAUUUAAAGGAGGAUACGGUGCAAGAAGAGGGUGAGCAGUGUCCUGUUUGCUUAAAGAAAUUUGAGGUGGCAGAGGUAGUCAAAGUGAUGCCUUGCCACCAUAACUUCCAUACAGGGUGCAUUUUGCCAUGGCUUCAAAAGACAAAUUCAUGCCCAUUGUGUCGACAUGAACUCCCUACUGACGACGAAGAAUACGAAAAUUAUAAAAAGGAGCAGAAGCGUGCCAAGGAGAGAGAAGAGGAUAUAAGAAAUUUACAUGAUUCCAUGUUUUCGUAGCCUUAUGGUAAAUAAGCAAAUUUUAAGUUGUCAACCAUCAUAAAUCAUCAUUUUAAUCAAAUGUUUACAAAACUUAUAUGUUCUCUUAGUUGUUUGAUGUGGUGAUGGUAAAUCAUAUUUCAUGCAACAAAUUUGUCAAAUAU